UCCAAAUCAUUUGAAUGAACCGCUUUUCGCUCAACAUAGAGAUCAAUCUCUUUGGUUACACAUUCAACUGUCUUUUUUGAAAGUUGAUUGUUGUUACUCUCAAUUGUGUUUAGUUUUAAUUGCUGUUGAUUAAUUGUUACCAAUUUUUUCCUCUGAUAGAUAAUCAUGUCAACCUCAAGUCUGAGUAGUUAUUCUAGUUAUGGUGCUUUAAGUACUGCUAAGAAAACACCAAAACGAUUUGUUAAAGAACCUAGUGAACCAAAUAAAGCAGAAGUGAUCAAAGCUCAAUUAGAUGUUGUCAAACUAGAAUUGGAUACUUUCAAGAUGAACAUGGAUACAACCGAUACGACCAAAUGUAAAGACAAUUGGAUGGAUCAAAUUGAUUGUAAAAAAUUGGUGGAAACAAUUGAUUCACUUGCAACUGGAUUAUCUGCUAAAUUAGAUGUUAUUCGUCAAUUGGCUGUGGUUCCAAAGGAUAAGCCUUCAUUAGUUAUUAACGAUGCCGCUUUAGUAAAGGCCAACGAAAGAUUGGAUGAAACAAUUUGUAUAUUGGAAAAUUUAAGAGAACUUAAAAAUUAACUAAAAUUCCAAAAAAAAAACAUCAUACAUAAUUUUCAACUAUAUCCAUCAAUCAAGAUCCAUUAGUGGAUAAUGUAAAUGAAAACUAAUCCACGAACAUCCAUUCAGCGAUUCCAAACAUAAAAAGAGAAUGAAGAAAGUAUCAGGAAAAACCAUUUCCAUUUCCAUUUUGAUGAUUAAUCACAACCUUAAUUUGAGAGUUUUGAUGAGCAAAAUGUUGAAUAUUGAAAUAUAUUCUUUUAAAUAUUUU